GUAUUGAUCUAUAAGCUUCGCCUCGUCAGCUUUCUCAGGCACCACACGAAGCCACGCAAAAAGCGACUGCUCAACCGUGACCUUGUUUUUCCUGCUAAACCGCGUGCCGGCGCUUGAUUUAUCAUUUACAAGACCUACGUAUAGCUGCCAUAUGCCACAGAAGUGAAGCCAUUUCUGGACUCGGAACUUGUCCCGACGAUUCACGCGAUUUGCUCGAUAGGACGUGAACCAGGCCGCCCCGAUGGUACAUACGCCACCUUGUCUAGGCUAUGGGAGUAGAUGUCAAGGUAGCUACCGCGGUCACACGGGCCCUGCGCAGCCCCGCUCACAAUCGGUGGUGGUCCCGCGCGCCUUUCGCGGCAAAGCUGCGGGCGGGCGUGCGAGCUCGGCCUGGACGUCGUGGCUGGGGCCAAAGACGUGGCGUAACAGCGAGCAGGGCACCUCGUCAUCGCCGUCUGAGCAACAGGCGCUAGCGACGCAGGGCAGCGCCGCGCCCCCCUCCUCCCUGGAUGGACCUGGCAGCGCCGGAGCUCCGGGCGCCAGCGCCAGCGGCACGGUUAACGGAAUUAACGCCACGCAUGGUAACAGGGACGGCAGCUCUGGCAGCAGCAGCGACGGCAGCAGCGCUGUCAGCGCCUUUAGCAACCGGGGGGUCGCGUCAGGCGGGGCCGCCGCCGUGCCGCGGGGUUCCGGAUCGGGUUCUGCCGCCAAGGGCGAUAGCGGAUCUGGAACUGACAUGGUGCUCACCUUCGCUUACGGAGCAAAUUUGAACUUCAUGACGCUAGCGCGUCGGGAUGUGAAGGUGCUCAGUCGGGAUCCGGCCACGGUGGUGGAUCCGGCGAUACACCUGGUGUUCAAGCACCAGGGCGGUUACGCCACUCUAGAGCGCGCGGCGGAGCCAGGCGCCGCAGCAGCGGCGGCAGCAGGCAAUGGAGGCAGCAGCAAUGGAAACGGGGUGGCAGGGUCGGCGGCAGCAGGGCAAGCGGCGGCGGCGGAGGGCGCUGGAGCUGGAGCUGCGGCGCAGAACGGGUCAGGGCCCCAUCAUCACCAUCACGACGAGCCCCGCUUCCGGCCGUACGACGGGCGAGUGCACGGCGUGCUGUACCGCCUGACGCGAGAGGACUUUGAGAAGCUGAGCAAGCGGGAGGGCGGCUACACGGUGCAGGAGAUGGAUGUGCGCACGUACGAUGGUGUCGUACACCGGGCCCUGGUGUUCGUGUCCAACCCGCUGUUCAAACUGCCCCAGGAGGUGCUUCCCACGGAGGCCUACCUGAGUAAGAUUCGCGAGGGCGCGGCCGACAACUACCUGGACCCCUCGUACCAGGCCUUCCUCAGCGGUAUCACCACAGUGCCCAGUGCGGGGCUGGGCUCCGAGUACUUCAACACCCCCUCCAAGUACAUGGGCUACUCCUUCCUGGUGGUGGUGGCGCUCAUCACCCUGGCCUUCUUCUUCCAGCACUGAGGGGGGAGGCCUCGUUGUGCCAGCACUGAUGGGGAAGGCAUCUUUGCGCCAGCACUGAGCAGUGGGGCGUGGGCAGCCGCUCAUAAAGCACGGAGUGCUGAGCAGUGGGGCGUGGCAGGAGGGCGGUUAUGUGCCCGAGUCCAGCGACGAGGUCCCAUCAUCGUCAGAAUUGGAAGGGCAGGUCGGCCUUCUUCUGCAUCAACUGGGGGAGAUGAGAGGGAGAAAGGGUUGGCGAGCAGCGGGGGCCAGCAGCGGCGGCCCAGCAACGGGGUCUAUUGGCGGGAUUGUGGGAGCACCAAGCGCAUGGACUUACAUGCAGCUGGCGGUCAUAGCGCUGGGGAGCUGCGCAGCCGGUCCCGACGUCGCGGCAAGCGAACGGGCGAGCGAGCGAGUGGGCCUCGGGUUGUGGCGCUGGCGGGUUCCUGUGGCCUGGGGCGGUGCGUGUGCGGCUGCGGUGCUCGGUGCAGACGUGGUGGCGCGAUCGCUGCGGCGCGGGUGAGGGCGCUUGUGGGCGGCUGCGAGCGUUCGGGGCCGCGUGUGCGCGCGAGAGGCAUGGGCGGGAGGGACCGGCGUGAGGCAUCGGCGGAAGGCACCGUGCCGCCGAGUAGGGCCGGCUCAUGGUUCAGUUGGUUUAGCAGCGAGGAAGGGCAGGGGCAGGCCAGUGUGUGACAGGUGCAUGACUUCUUUUGCCACUAGCAAUCUAGGUUAACAGAGAAGAGAUGUCGCGUGUGUGUGUCAGUGUGUGUGUGUGUUUGUGUGUGUGUGUGUGUGUGUGUGUGUGUGUGUGUGUCUAAAGCACAAGGAGAGUUUAUGUUUGUCCCCGUAGCAGUGUAGGCAUGUGCGCAUUGGCGUGUGGGUCAGGUUGGUUGGUUGGGCACAGCUGUUACAGCUUCCCCGUGCGGGCGAAGAGCGUGUGCAUGUGUGUUGUGUGUCUGUGGGUCAGUGUGCCGCGUCUUGUGUAUCUUUGCAGGCGCAGACGCAGCUGGGUGCUUGCUCCGGGAGCCGUUUAGAGCUAGAGGCAUCGUGCGGAUGACAGAUUGAUAAGCGUCAUUUGAGCUUUGAUAGGUUUAGGUUUAGAUAUCAAUGUAGGUUUCAUGUGGCUGUGGGAGGUAUGCGGGCACCGGUGCGACCGAGAGGGUGCAGGGCAGCGCAACAGGACACCAAGAUAACUGUCACUCAGUCACAGAGCUGCCAUACGACGGCACCGGUGGCGAAUUGGAGCGUGUCAAGGGUCGUGUCACGCGUGUGUGUACGGUACGUGUGUGCAUGAGUUGUUAUAGAACCCACAAAAACGGUGUAUGUGCUAAUGCAUGUAGAGUGCGUGGCUAUUUGUGUGCGUAGUGGAGUCCCAUUAUUUGAGGUCCUGACGUAAGGAGACGAAGGGGGUACUGUAUUGUGUGAGAGUGUGUCGUUCUGGUCAGAUUUGCUUGUUUAAUCCCUAUCGCGGGGCCUUGUGUUGCAUAUUAGAAGCGACUCUAUGUAUUGCUGCUGUUGCGCGGACGACAGGUGACCCUGUACCAGUGAUAGGGUAAACCUUGCUGAAGAUUCGUAUGAUGACACCCCCGGUCGCGGGCGGGAAAGAAUGAAUUGUAACAUAGGAUCACG